AUGCCUUAUUCAUUCAAACUUUUAGUUCACGAUGUCUAACUUCAAAUUUCAGAUCCUAUUCUGAUCUCCAGUCCUUCUCUUUCAUUCACCAUAGCCAAUUAUCCAAAAAUUAUAGUUAACGGAAAAUGUCCUAUAAGUAAUGUUAAGGGAACAUACGAUUAACAGAAACCAUUUGGCCAUGGGAAAUCAAUUUUAUUGCAUUUGAAUCAGGAUAAAAUGACAGACAUCUUGAGGGAAAUGCCCCUCGAAAUAUUAUUUUUGAAUGGACAAGCAAUUGUAGCUGGAGCAAGGAUUAAUUUAGAGCAUUUUAUUCCAGACAUUGAUUCAGAAUUGAAGUUCAAGAGAGGCAACUUCCAUUUGCUGGAUCAUUUUGGCAAACCCUAUUUGUUGGCUGAUAUUUCAAUAAGCAUACACGACCCAGAUAAAAUUCCAGAUGUUUUGAAAGAGGAAAGAGAAAGACAAAUCUAAAUGAUGAAAUAAAAACAAUAAAAUGAUUACCUACAAUAACUAGAGAAGCCAACUGACCCAGAACCAGUCCCAGAUUAAAUAGUGUAUAACAAAAAGAAGAAACAAGACUCUACUCCAAAAAAUUAGUAUUCACAUCCAAAUACAUACUCUGAAUAGAGAAGUCCAAGGAAUAUGAAUGACAUUGAAUAAAUGAGUUAAUAACCAAAAAUAACCAUUCAACAACCACGUUAAUAAACAAUGCAAUCAACUUAACCUAAAAUCCCAUAAAGACCUGUAAGUGCUACACCUAAAUCCAACGUCCAUCCAAACUCCAAACAGCCAAUUAGUUUCCAUGAAUCCAAAGCAUCUUAAAAACAAUCUGUGAAAAAACCCUUAAAACCAGCCCUCAAAGUUAAUUAAAAAACAUCCAAACCAAUCCCCUAGAAUUCUUAACCAUAAUAAACGAUUAAAAAGAACCCAAAUUCUGUAAUCAUACCAGAACCAGAUGAAAUUAAGGAUAUUCCUAUUACUGAAUGGGUGAAUUAAGUUUACUGUCCUCCCCCUAUGUUUCUGGAUAAGAAAGUAUAUGUGCACAAGGUUUAUAAUGCACCUGAAGAGUAAGUCGAGAAAUAUGUAAAACCAGCAAAAUUCUACUCUAUUGGGAUACAAACAGAUUUUCAAUUGCCAGAUGUAAAAGCCUAAUAAACUGAAUACUCUCAGGAUCCUUAAGAUUACACUCCUAAGGACAGAGUUUAAACAUAAACAGUCGUAUCUGAUAAUUACUAAGAGGACUUUGAAAGCUUUGUUUAAUCUUAAUCCUAAUUCUCAUAGAGUUAAUAACUGAAGCAAUCGAAAACUCCAAGAAAUUAACCUUCCUCAAAUAGGAGAACUACCUCUAUUUAAGAAGCAGUUGAUGAGGAUGUUAUAUCAGAUAUCUAUUCUUAAGAUUUUGAAUAAAUUAGUUAGAGUUAAACUUUUAAAAGAAGUUUAUCAAAAAAAGAUGAUAUAUCUGAUUCAUAUAUCCCAGAUUUUGAGUCUAUCAGCCAAUCUUAAUAAUUUAGGAAAAAAUGA